AUUUGAAGAAAUGAAUGUGGGAAGUCAAGGAUCAAAAUCCAGCUGCGCUGAUUCGUCUAACGCCGGAAAUGGGCUUUCCGACCAGUUUCCGGUGGGUCUUCGGGUACUUGUUGUGGAUGAUGACCAAACGUGGCUGAAAACGUUGGAGAAGAUGCUCAAGAACUGCCUUUACAAUGUUACUAAAUGCGAUCGAGCAGAGGUGGCACUGUUGAUGUUACGGGAGAACAAAAAUGGAUUUGAUAUUGUAAUGACCGAUGUCCACAUGCCUGAGAUGGAUGGGUUGAAACUCCUUGAGCUCAUUGGGAUGGAGAUGGACCUGCCUGUUGUGGUGAUGUCUACCGACUACAGUAAGAAUGUUGUCAUGAAGGGUGUCAUUUAUGGGGCGUGUGAUUAUCUGGUUAAGCCAGUUCGCAUAGAGGCAUUAAAGAACAUAUGGCAGCAUGUAGUUCGGAAGAAGAAGCACGAGUGGAAGGGUUUUGAGCAAUUGGGAAGUACAAAAGUUGGAGAAAGGAAAAAAAAGCCUUCGGAAGAUGUAGAUUCAUCCUCAGCAAAUGAGGAGAGUUGGAUAAACUCAAAGAGGAGGAAGGACGAGCAAGAUGAAGCAGAGGAAAGGGAUGAUACAUCCACAUUAAAGAAGCCACGAGUGGUUUGGUCACAAGAGCUCCAUCGUCAAUUUGUGGCAGCUGUAGAUCAUCUUGGCAGUGAUAGGGCAGUUCCUAAGAAAAUUCUGGAGUUGAUGAAUGUUCCUGGUCUCACUAGAGAAAAUGUUGCCAGCCACCUUCAGAAGUAUCGGUCAUACCUUAGAAAGAAAAGUGAUGCAUCACAACAGAUUCAACUCAGAAACUCUUUCAUGGGUCCUCCAGAACCAAUUGGAUCAAUGCCUUCACUCAAUGGGCUUGACCUUCGUGCUCUGGCUGCCACUGGUCAACUUCGACUAGAGAAUCUUGCUACACUCCUAGCAGGGCCUCAAUGUAAAACCGCUGCUAAAGUCGGCACAUCCACGCCCCUUUAUGAUGAAAGGAAUCUCUUUGCCUUUGAAAAUUUUCCCAACUCAAGAUUUGGAGAGUUCCAGCACCCACAAUUGAACAUCAAUGAUAAGCAAAUUAACUUACUCCAGGGCAUCCCAACUACAAUGGGGCCAAAGCAGCUCACCAAUUCGCACCAAUCUGCAAAGCCCUUUGGGCAAAUCAAUAUGCAAGCCAAUCCCCAUGGAAUCCUGAGUAGCUCUGUACUGGCACAAAACACUCAACAACAGUCUACUCCACAGACAAUUGAUGAUACUAAUGGCAAUCAUCUUUCAAGGAUAUCAUCAACCAUUGCACGCCAUACUUUGUUGAGGGGAAUGACAAAAAAUGAAAUAGUUGAGAAUCCCAGAGUGGUUUACAAUUCAGUUUCUCAAGCCUCUUCAGUGGUAAAUUUCUCAAUAAACCGGAAUACGGACUUUCUAGACAAUAGUUUCCCUUUGGGAAAUAAUUCUGGUAUGUCCAGUAUCACGUCAAAAGGGGUGUUCCUAGAAGAGGCUAAUUCUGAAAUGCAAGCACGAAGACGAUUUGCCCCCAGUUAUGAUAUUUUCAAUGAGUUGCAUCAGCACAAAUCCCAAGUCUGGAAAUCACAGAAUAUAGGCUCUACCUUUGAUGUAUUGCAGCAAGAAAACAUGCAUGGCAACCUGGACAUCCUACCUUCAGUUUUGGUCCACCAAGGGUUUUCUUCAAGCCAAAACAGUACGCUGAACACAAAUACAUCCAUCAGCAAGGGAAUACUCUCAGCCAAAGAAAAUGGAACUCAGAAUGCGCUCAACACCAGUCAACAACUCAAUGCAAGCAGUCAAUACAUGCAAUUACCAGAACAGUUUAGUCAGGAGGACCUAAUUAGUGCACUGCUCAAGCAGCCACAAGGAACUAUUGGACUGGUAGAAAAUGAGUUUGGCUUUGAUGGGCUUCAAUUGGAUAGUAUUUCGGAGUAGACAUGAUUCUUGACUUUCUCUAUGUUGCUAUAAGCACUCAGGUUUUACCAUCCUUGUCAAAUUGGAGUUGCUGCACCUUGUGGUGAUGCAAGUUUUGAUUGAUUUUGUAGGUGAAUUUUAUUAUUAACGGGUCUUAGAAGUUUAUUUUUCUUGAUGGUGGUGCAGGAUGACGAGGGUAUGAGAAAAUUGCAAGACUUCUAGGAGCUUUAUGUUUUGAUAUUUAUUCCAGACUAGAUAUGAUGUACAGUACUUAAUUUGAUUGGUCUAGACAUGUUUUUGCACAGUGAUGUUAAAUUUUAAUUACCCUU